AGAUAACAUAUAACUGAGAACUAAUAAACACCCAUAUUAAUCUACAUUUACGCAUCUCAUUUUAGUUUGAACCAUGUGUUUUAUAAGUAAAAUAAGCUGAACAUAACAUUUUAUUUAUUUUUCAUGCCAAACGCGUCUUUUUUAAAUGAUGGGAUUAUUGAUAUUAACUUUUUUGGACUUUAUACGACUUUGGACUUUAUUUUUUGGACUUUGUCCACUUGAUAUAAAAGCAUACACCCCCCUUUCUCUCUCUCUCUUUCUGAUUCCACUUUUGAUUUCAGCAGAUGAACAGGAUAUGGCGUCCAGCAGUGAUCUACCACAACCUCGGUGGAGGCACAGUAUUAAUUACGACCCUCCAUUUAUGCGGAUUCUGCUGCUGGGGAAGGAUUGCAAGGCAAACAGAAGAGUGGGAAACUUCAUCUUGGGAAGAGAUGCGUUCAAUACUGAAAUUCCUCCUCACUGCAGUCAGGGAGCAACAGAAAACGUGGAAGGAAGAGGCAUCACACUCAUCAUCACCCCUGACCUGUUCGAUCCUGAACUCACUAAUGAUGAACUGAAUGAUCGAGUGUCAGAGUGCAUGACUCUGUGUGCUCCUGGACCUCAUGUUAUAGUUCUGGUCCUUCAGCGAGACGACUUCACUGAAGCAGACAGAAAACAGCUGAAUUUCAUCUUCCGUUCUUUAUCUGAGGAAGCCCGUAAACACACCAUAGUUCUGACACAGCGCAGCAGCAGUGUGGAUCCAUUUAAAGAGACUGUCUCUAAUGAGAUCACUGCAGAAUUCAGUAAAUGGCAUUUUGAUUUUAUAAGUGGAUGCAGUCAGACUGCUGUUGUGGAGCUGAUGGAGAAGAGGAUAGAAGAGAAUGGAGGAGGUCACUAUAUGUGGGAGGAAUUUGUGAUGGCUCCACUUGCAACAGAAGAGCAACAGCAUCAACAAUCAUCAGCACAGAGUAUGGCUGAACAAGCAGUGCAGAAAAUGACAGGCAAGUGACAAAAAUGCUGUUAAAAUCAGGCAAUAAC